UCGCAUCUCUGAUGAUGAAGUGAUAUUCUCUAAGGACCGCACCUGAUCCUGCGCUCACCUGCGGAUGAAUGACAGAGUUGAAGGCUGGACCCGCUGACUAAUGACUCCAGCAGCGCUCACUCACUCAGUGUGUUAUGAGUUAAUUCAUGCAAUGUGAGGAAUCUAUCUGCUUCUUUCUCAAAGGAACCUGCUAUUUAUUGUUUUGUGACCGUUAAUGCCCACCAACAGCUCGUGGACAACAAUAUGCAGCUGGACUGCUGAUUUGACAGCGAUGUUUAUUGAUUGUUUUUAUGAGGCUCGCGUGUGUGUGUGGCAGUCGAAAUCUAUGAGCAGCUUUUUGCGAUGUGAAUCAAUUAAACUCGGGAAUUAUGAGCUGGAAUUCGCUUUAGAUCAUGGAAAUAGGCUACUGAAGAAUCCAGGGGCUCGUUAGAGCUGAUUGGAGUUGGAGGAAAAGUACAACUGGUUUUAUUGCUUUCGCCUGGAAGUCGGACGGUUUUAUUUUUCGGAUAACAAUCGGGAUAAGGACCACUGUGCACUGCUAUUCGCACCAAAUGGCUAAAAAUAAUAGUGUGUAUAAUCGCGAAUGAGAUCUGGAGAAUUUCCUCACAAUUCAGCGACAAUCCAUGAUCCAGAUUUCAGCAGCGGGAUAAUCUGGAUCCUGCAGCGACAUCAGCUCGGAUCAUCAGCACAUCGGGAUCUGAGGGAUCACUUUCAGAGAUCGCCCAUCAUCACCACUAAAGGGAGAAGAUGCCGUUCCACCAUGUGACGGCAGGAUUGCUGUACAAGGGGAACUAUUUGAGUCGCUCACUGUCUGAGCACAGCAAUAGUGAACAGCUCGCCAACAUCUCCGUGGAGGAACUAGACGAGAUCCGGGAGGCGUUCAGGGUCCUGGAUCGGGAUGGCAAUGGGUUCAUCUCCAAGCAGGAGCUUGGCAUGGCCAUGCGCUCACUAGGGUACAUGCCCAGUGAAGUGGAGCUGGCAAUCAUCAUGCAGAGAUUGGACAUGGAUGGCGAUGGACAGGUGGACUUUGAUGAGUUCAUGACGAUACUCGGACCGAAGCUCCUGUCCUCAGAAACGCGGGAAGGUUUCCUUGGAAACACAAUUGACAGCAUAUUCUGGCAGUUUGACAUGCAGCGGAUAACACUGGAGGAGCUGAAACACAUCCUUUUUCAUGCCUUCCGGGACCACCUGACGAUGAAGGACAUCGAGAACAUCAUCAUCAAUGAGGAGGAGAGCUUGAACGAGAACUCGGGGAACUGUCAAACAGAGUUUGAGGGAGUUCAUCCCAAAAAGAAGAAUCGGCAGACGUGUGUGCGCAAGAGCCUGAUAUGUGCGUUUGCCAUGGCCUUCAUCAUCAGCGUCAUGCUCAUCGCGGCCAAUCAGAUGCUACGCAACGGCAUGGAGUAGCGACACCACUGUGAGCGGGGCGGAGCCUGCAUGUGCAUGUCUGUGGAUGAAGUUGUCGAAACUCAAGAAACAAAACCAAACACCUCACUACUGAAAAGAGGAGCUUUUUAUUCUUUUUUUUAUUUGUAUUAUUUGUAUUACUUUUCCACGCGGACCAAGCGACAAAGGAAGUGUAGAGGCGAGCCAAGCCAGCAUGUUACACGGGGCCUCAUCUCUCAGGCAGGGACUUUAAAGGGCUGACUUUCUGCUUUUCGUGCCACCUCUGUUCCCUAAUGCAAUAACACGCAGGAGUUCAUAAACCGUCGCCGUCUCCUCCGUGGCUUCAGAUAUUUCAGCAGGGAUUCGCUGAUGAGCUUCUGCUGGGUUCGGGCCUCCUGUCGAUGUAGGAAGGCAAAAGUAAUUGGAGAGUUACAGCAUCUACUCCGGAGACUAUUUAUGUCUGCUCUUGCCAGAGUGCUUUUCUGGCUCGGGGGAUGGUGGGAGGCCGGGGAAGGAGCGCUCGUUUUAGUCCAUAAUUAAAUCCAUAGUCGUCAGCUCCAAAAAUCCAUGAGCCUGACUCAUAGUUUUCAUCAUUUCAAAUGUGUUCUGCUAUUCGAUUGUGCGAUCUUCCUGUGUCUAAUGCUUUUCCUGAAGUGGUUUGUAAUGAGCACGCCCACGUAAAAUGUUGAAACACAACGGAAAGUUGUGCAGAUUUCCACGAAAUUAGAACUGCGUCAUUCAUGAGUUCUAGUUCCAUGUUUGUUCCAACAGUUGUUUUGUUCAAACUUGCAUAGCAUGGCGAAACAGUUUCAUUCCCAGGAAAUUAAUCUAUCUUGAAUGCAUUUUCGGUUGCUUUGGGUAAAAUUAUCUACAAUAUAGAGUCCAGCAGUCGUGACAUCAAAACCCAGAAGACUAAUUCGCCAUGGAUUCCCCUCAAAAUUUUUCUAUGGGUUUUAUAAUGUUUUUUUUUUUUCAAUUUAUGAGUAAUACAAGAUCUGUGGUUAAUUUAAAUUGAUGAUACUUGGACAUUUUGAUCUACAACAUAAAUUAUACACAUCCAUAAUGAAAACAUGAUUUUGAGGCAGUUACUUUUAAAAAAAAAAAAAGUUUGUAAUAAGUAACUACAUUGUAACUACAAAGAAACUACAUAGUAAUUACAUACAAAGAAUGUUUGCAGUGUGUGCAGUUCAUGUUGUACAACAAAACACCAAGUUUCAUCAAUUAUCAGUUACCACAGACCUUAUUUUACUCAUUAAUUGAAAAACCCCAUAAAAACAACAACAACAACAACAACAACAAAACAGUGAAACCUGUGGCGAAUUAGUCGUAAUUUUUCUUAUGCAAUAUUGUUGUUAAUUUUCUAAUGAAAUAUCAAAACAUUCUCCAAACAAGCAAAAUUACAUAAAAUGUUAGGAAUUAAAGAAUUCAGUAAUUAUAUAUUUAAUUAAAUAUUAUAAACUUAAUUCUUACACAAUUAUAUGACCUUUUAAAAUGACAAAUUGCAGUUUUGCUUCUGAAUUAUUUUAAGUUUUAGAUAACGGAAAAUGACAAAAAUACAGAUAAAAUGAUUAAAAGAAGAUCUAUCUACUUGAGAUUUAUCUUGUUUUUCAUCAGAAAUAUCUAAACACUCUUAAAACAAGACAAUAUACUGCUAAGAUUUUAGAUUAUUUGAUUAUGAUUUCAGCCACCAUUAAGACUGUAAUAGUCUCAGGUCAGUUUAACACUUUUGACCAUAUUUAAAAUCUUUUCUGACAAAAUUAGAUCUGAAAAUGUCUACAGGUUCCAUCUGGGCCCAGUGAGUGAAGAACAAGAUGUUUUUACUUGGGUUUUGCAGUACUUCAAAGCGCUUAAUGUGUCUUAAUGGUACUUAAUGGCCAGUUAUCAGUGUUUUUAAGGGUUAUACCUGUUGAGACCUGUUCAAUUUCAGCAUUUCUGAAAGGUUUAUGAUGGCUCUCAGAUUCAUGUUAGUGGAUGAGCUUGGGUUAUUUUGCACUGCUCUACUCCCAUCAACCUGCAAGAAAAAUCUUUGUUACUUUGUUACCUCCCUUUUUGAGCUGCAUUGAAGAUGUCCUUCACUUUAUCAUGAGCCACAGUCAUCUUUAUGGUUAUGUGUACGGUGCAUGUUCAUAUUGCAUUUCAUUCUCUGUCUGUAUUAAAGCCACCGUAGCACUGCAUUGUUGAUGUUUCAGCAGAUGUAUGCUUCCAUUCUUCAAUAUUGGGAUUGUAAAACAGAAAAGAAUGAUACUGGAAGAUGAUUGUAUCUUUCACAUAGGGGCAAUGGCUGAAACUGUGCCUGAUGCAUUUCUUCUUUGUGUUUCAUGAAUGUCUCCUCUGGACACCUGUAGAAAACGCACUGGUAGGCUAUAUGUCCUCCACCAUGUUUCCUGAGGUCUGCUUCUACUUUAUAAUGCAUGUGAAUGAGCAGAACUUUGUAAAUAGAGCUUUACAUGUGUGUUUUCUGUUCGUGCAUGAUAGUUUAAAACAGUACAUUCUGCACAGAUCGUGUCAGGGCUACUGAGGGGGCAGCUGAAAUCAAUACGCGUCUGCCAGCUCUCCGUUCUCCCCCAAGACCCCUCACUAAAGCCAUAUUUGUCUGCACAGGUGUACUUUAGAAAAUAAAGGUGCAUACACUGAAAUUAUAAAGGUAGAAUGUUAGUCCAACCCCUUUUUCUCACUCAAAUGUUGAUCCAUGUGUGGUUGGAGCGAGUGGAUAGUUCAUUCUGGUAUAAUAGCGACACCUGGUGGUGCACGUGAUUACUUCAUUCAAUGUGUUUGUCCUCAUACUGUCCUUGUCUGAUCUAGAAUGUAACAUUAGCUUGUAGCAUUCAACUAAAGAUCUGGAUGGGUUGAUAAAAUGAUAUAUACUAUGUGUGUAGAUGAUUUUGACCUCCACAAUUGUGUGGUGAAUGAGAAAAAUUAGACAUUAAGGUUGGGUGUGAUUUUAGGAAUGAAGGAAUGUUAUACCAAUAUACACAGUCAGUUAUUUCAGUUUAUGCCGUUACUUAAAGACAAUAUUGUAAAAUUGCUUUGACAUGAACAAAAUAUCCCAGAUUAAAUUGGUUCUGUAGGCCAUUUAAAGGGUUAGUUGAUCCAAAAAUGAAAAUUAGCCCAUGUUUUACUCGCCCUCGAAGCAUCCUGGGUGUAUUUGUCUUUCUUCUGGACGAACUGGAUGAAUCCAGUCUGAUUUUUAUGAUGGAUGCGCGCACUUUAUUUGACUACUUUUUGGACUGUUGAACAAAAACACUCCCCUACUCCCAUUCUAACACUUGGAAGUGCAAGGAAAAAUUUUUAUAUAAUCCCGACAGGAUUCGUCUGAAAGAAGAAAUUCAUAUGCAUAUAGGAUGCUUUGAGGGUGAAUAAAACAAGGGCUAAUUUACAUUUUUGGGUGAACUAACCCUUUAAAGUGGGUUGUAUUUCAAAAGAAGAGUUUAGGGUUUGGCAAACACGGGUGUUGUGGUGGCACAGUUGGCUACAUUAAAUUGUAAAAAAAAAAAAAAUGUAAAUAGACAUAUUUACAGUUAUUCACUUAAUGAUAUAUCUGUACACUUCGCAUGCAUAAUAUUUAGCUAUGUAGUUGACACUAGCUUCUUGGAAGCUGCCCAUAGAUGAUUUUAAUAAACAUAUUCAAAUAUGUACAGGACAAAUGCAUAGAGUUUAUGCAAUAAAGAAUUUUUGUAAUA